AUGAAUCAACGAACAACUGCUGCAGUUCGAACACCAGCCGGAUGUACAACACCGUUUGAAGUGGUAACUGGAGUAAGACAAGGGGCAGUGGCAGGACCUUUCCUGUUCAAUUUCGCAAUCGACGACAUUAUGCGAAGAACAGUCGACCAGUGUCCUGCCGACAUUGUCUUAGCACCAUCUGGGUGCCCCUUGACUGACCUCGAGUACGCCGACGAUGUUGUUAUAAUCGCGGAAAGCAGUACGAAACUUGUAUCGAAGCUGGCUGCAGCCUAUGGACUACGCCUACGCCCUGAUAAAUGCAAGCAGAUAUGGAUCUCUUCGAGACCACGAACGGGAAUCAGGGUGGACGGAAAACCGAUAGAACUCGUCGAUGAGUUCUGUUACCUAGGCUGUACGCUGAAGAACAAUGGUAGAGAGAUGUUCAGCAAAAAUGCGCCAAGGCCACUUCUGCAUUUAACGAAAUGCCUGUGGUCGACCUCCAUCACCAACGAAGUCAAGCUGCGAGUCUACCUAUCCGCAAUUCGCCCCAUCAUGAUGUACGGAUCGGAGACUUGGGCAGCAACAUCAACGGUUAUGGAGAGGCUUGACUGCAGAGAACGAAAGCUGCUUAGACGGCUACUUGGCUACUUUUGGCCUAGGGUAUGUCACAAUGAAGAUCUUUACGCAGAAAUUGAUGUGGUAUACCGGCGGAUGACACGUGGAAAACAUUAA